GCGCCUCUCCCGCCGGCCCGGGGCGGCGCGGCUAGUGGAGCACUGGGUCGCCCGUCAUCGAGGGGGCUCUCAGAGGCGCUUUAGGACCCAGCGGCGCAGCGGGAAGGCGCUGAUCCCAUGUGCUCCGGUCCCCUCCCCCUGCCUGCCUGCCUCUAUUGUCUGAGGCUGAGCAGCCCGGCGGCGGCGGCGGCGGCCCGGGCAGGGAUGCGCGGCUUGCGCAGCGCACCGGCGAGCGCGCACGGCUGGCGGCGCUGAUUGCCCGCUCGCACCUGGAGUUUGGCGCCGCAGCGGAGCCGGGCUGCCGUGUGUGUGUGUGUGUGUGUGUGUGUGUGUGAGUGUGUGAGAACAUGCGCUCCACAGCGCCGGGAGUGGGGAGCUGAGCCGGAGUUGGGAACGGAUCGGCUCCUGGAGAAUGGAGUCCCCUUGUGCUGCUGCCCGCUGGCUCCUGCUGGCCGUCGCGCUGCUCCACCUGCGCGCCCCCGGAGCGGACUGUGAAUCUGAGUCUCCUGAUGCGGUGUACCUUCCAGCCGAACUAAAAGUGCUAAACGGCCCAGAGUACUUCCGUCUUCAGCGUACGGACCGCUACAUGCCAGGAAAUGCCUCCCUCAGCUCCCGCUCAGAGACCUUCCUCUUCCUCCACCGUCGACUGUCAGGGAAGCCCACCAUCCAAGCUGGCUACCCCCCUUUCACAGCUCAGCAGGCAAUACCAGCUGAUGACUCCCAAUCCACAGACGUCUCCACUGCCUGGGACAUCCGGGCUGUGUCCAUUGAGGGCACAGUGUCCCCUUACGAGCCAUACACCAGGGUGCUCUUCCACCUCCAAGGGCAGGACUGGAUGUCAAGAGAGCAGGCCCUGCCAUGCGUCACCUUACAUGUCUUCCACCAGGCCCAAAUGGUUCACCGUGCCUGCCACCUCCAGGCACCGCUGGGUGUGUGUGUGGUGGAACUCGAGCUCCCCCCUCGCUGGUUCUCUCCUGCACCCGCCAGCAGCCAAAGGAAGGGAGAGGAUUCCACCAUCACUCCUCUGCGGGCUGAGCUGUACUACACCCUGGAGCCCACGCUGCCCGGGAGGACGCCGAGAGAGUGCCCCCAUGUCCGACCCCGGGAAAGGCCACGUCCAGGCGCUGAGGGCGGCAAAGAGCGACUGCACUACGUGGGCCCGGUCGAUAUCAGGGUAAUGAGCCUGCCACGGCGCCAGGAAGUGAGGCUGGACGACAAUGUGAUGGUCCGUGUCCCCGACAUGGCCCUUCGCCCAGGGCAGCUCUUCACGGCCACUCUCAUCCUGCAGCAGAACUUCACGGCUGACCUACUGAUCCUCCGCAUCAAGGUGAAGAAAGGGCUACAGGUUUUGGCAGCUCGCCCUACCAGGCCAGAGGCUUGGACUGCAAAGCUGGACAAGUUCAAGGGUGCCAAACACCACACCGCUCUGGUCACUUGUCGGCGUUCCCUUACUAGUGGCUUGGACUGGAGGGCAGCAGAUUCCCCAGAGUUCCUGUAUCUGGAUUUUGUCGUGGAGAAUGGCACAGGGGGCCUAGCUUCUAACCGUCCUGUCACCUGGCAAGUGGAGUAUCCUGGCCAGGACCCUGAGGCUGAGAAGGACAAGAUGGUGUGGGAGAUCCAAGUGUCGGAGCGAGAUGUGCGGGCCUUGGUUCCACUGGUGAAGGAGCAGGAGAUUGUGAACACUGCCCUCCUCACAGGAAUCCCCCACUCAGUGCCUGUGAAGCUGGUUGUGGUAGAGACUGGGGGAGCAGUAUCCGAGGUCAUGGACCAGAUGGGCUGUGAGUCUUCCAACAAGCAGGUCCUGCAGGUAUCCGACGUGUGUGACGCUGUCUACGUAGGGGGGAAAGAGAGCCGAGGGGCACGUGGUGUACGGGUGGAUUUCUGGUACCGGCGGCUGCACGCUUCACUGCUCUUUACUGUCUGGGCCCCACUGCUGCCCCUGCGCAUUGAGCUGACAGACACCUCUCUAGAGCAGGUGCGAGGCUGGAGGGUACCUGGUCCGGCCCCAGAUGGCAGCCCAACAGAGCCUGAAGACGGUGGAGAGGAAGCCGAGAGAAGAGCUUGUGGCUGCCGUCUCCAGUACCAGCGCGCCGGAGUCCGUUUCCUUGCCCAUUUUGUGGCUCACCCACUAGAUGGUGGCCGUCACCUGACCUAUAUGCCAAGCUCUGAUUGGCUGCUGGAUGUCUCUCAUCUGGUGCAAAAGCACGCUAGAAUCCAGGACCCCCGAGUGGCAACACUGGAAGGUGGAAAUGUAGUGGUUGGCCAGGAACCAGGAAUGACAUCUGUGGAGGUGCGUUCUCCUGUUUCUGACUCUAUCCUGGGGGAGCAGACCCUGGUGGUGACGGAGGAGAAGGUCUCCAUCUCAGAGCUGCAGGCCCAGCUAGUCUCAGGCCUCUCGCUGACACUCUCCGUGGAGCCAGGACACCUGAAUGUCUUCACUGCAACGUGUCAGGGACUCUCUGCUCUGCGCUCCCUGAAGCAGGAAGCAGUGUUGACCAUCUGGCUGGUAUUCACUGACCACACCUUGGCCCCUGUAGAGCUUUAUGGCUGGCGGGAUGCGGUGCUCUCGCUUUCUUCGCUGAACCCUCGUGUGGUCUCCGUGCGGCUGGAUGAGGAGCAGGCUCGCCCCGUGGCCGUGGCAGAGGGGCCGGGCCGAGGAUCCCUCCUGCAGCUGAGCCUGCACCCCCCAGACUCCUGCCGCAAGGGCAAGCAUAGGGCCCCCCUCUCCCAGGGCACCAUGUGGCUGGAAGUGAACUUUGGCCAACACCUCCCGACCACAGGCAGCCCACAGCAGCAGGACCCCGGUCUCCACGGUGAGCCCCCUUUCCAGCGAGCGGAAGGCGCCAUGUCAGGCGAAGCAGUGACGGUUGCAACUGUCACUGAAAGCGGAAGGGGGUCACGGAGGCGCAGCCCGGUGGGAGUGGGGCCACCCAUGACCAAAUUUGAGGAGCCUGGCGGCAGCUCCUAUAACAACCCGGAGGAGGUGGAGGUGGAGGAGGAGGACGAGGUAGUGAAGGCCCCUGCCAAGGUGACGGAUCUGGAGAUAGGCAUGUAUGUUCUGCUGGGGGUUUUCUGCCUCGCCAUCUUCAUCUUCCUCAUCAACUGCGUGGUCUUUGUCCUCCGCUACCAGCGCAAGGAGCCCCCCGACGCCGGUUCGGGGCCGGCUUCUUCCGCCCCACAGCCCCACAACUGGGUCUGGCUGGGCACCGACCAAGAGGAGCUUAGCCGGCAGCUGGAUCUGCGCCACCAGCACUGCCAGGACCAACCCCUGGGCCCUUCCGGCACCAGCGACGGGUGCUGCUGCUGUGCGGGGCCAGAAGGGAAGCUGGAGGCUGUGGCUCAGGAGAGCCCAGGUCCGCCGCCACUGCCACCGCCAGGGCCAGAGACGGGCAUUUCUGCCAGCACUCUGGGCCUGCCUGCCCCUGGGAGUCCAGCCCUCACCACCACCUUGUCUAGAAAGAAGGAGGGCAGGGAGGUGGGUGGCCGGCGGAAGCGCGUGGAGUUUGUGACCUUCGCGUCCCCCCCUGGCUCCGCUCCCAGCCCCCCGCCUUCCGCUCCUGCCGUUCAGUCCAUCCUGGUGGCCAGCGAAGACGACAUCCGCUGGGUGUGCGAGGACAUGGGGUUACACGACCCAGACGAGCUGCGCAGCUACAUGGAGAGGAUCCGGGGCAGCUCCUGACCUCUGGCUCUCCCGUGCCCCACCUGUACCCAUAGGGGCAAACCAAUAAGGGAUUGGCACCUGCAAGCUCCCCCCCGGGUGCUCUCCUAGGGUCAUCCAGCUGGGCGUUCUCCCCUUUCCCCCCUUUCUGAAGAGGGCUCUACACAACAGGAAACCAGCCUUGGGUUACUCAGCCAGGGAUACUUGGCUGCUCUCUCUAUGUUAGAGAUCUCCUUCCUUGGCUGCACCACUAAGCCCGCUCUCUUUUCAUGCCGGAGAGGGAUGUGCUGGGUUGGAGUCCUCCCCUGCCUGCUAUGACCUCAGUGGAGCUACCUCUCCCUCGCGGGGACAGAACCUGGGUUGCCCUCGUUGCUUCUCCCCUACUCCCACCCCAGGAGGUUUCUAACCAGAGUGGGGGCGGUGAGGACUUUGCAGGCUGGAAAUCAGCUGCUCAGAGCAAGCCAACUGCGAUGUGUUCUGGAGGGGGAUCCUGGGGGCCAGUGGGGGUGCCUUCCUUCCCCCGGACCUCCCUUAUUGCUUUGACCCUCAUUGCCAGUUUGUGUCCAUUGUGGUGGUUUGAACAGCGAGUGUCCCUUCCUUCCUGUGGUCUUGAGCCUGGGGCUCUUCCCCUCCCCGCAACUCCCACACCCCACCUCCAAAAAAAGAAAAACAAGCCGGGCAAGGGCAGAACUCCAGCAAGCACCGGCCGGUCCUUUUUCACCCCAGCUGUGUGCCUGGUGUCUUUUAACAGUUUUGUACAAUCACUCAUAUUUUAUACCUGUAGUAUUGGGAGGCUGCCAGGCAAGUCCUUUUAUUUAUGGAAGAUUUUUAAUUCUUACAUUGUUAAUAAAAAUAAAUGAUAAUUGAAAAU